AUGCAGCUCUUCCCUGCCGACCUGGUAGACCUUGCUGGUGGCAGGGGGAAUAUUCUGGCCCUGGUCAAGCACUUCUAUGAUAUGUCUUUUGCCGACCCAAUUCUCGGGGUUCUAUACAGCGAUAAGACCGUGCCCCAUCACGAACUCUUCUGUCGAUGGUUCUUCUAUGCCGUCGGUGAUGACAAAGAAGGUCCAUCAAUUCGUAAGGUCAACGCAUCUCACAAGAAAGCCCAGCAUUGCCCUCUAAGAACCAAUGCUCCUGCAGAGGCUGGGUUCAUCGGUGAUGGUUUCACUUGGAACCAGCGCAAUCGUUGGAUACUCAUGCAACUCAAGGCAUGCGAAGAUUUCCGUAUGCCCCUUGGUUUUGUAAGGGACUAUAUUCAUGGUCUAUGCGCAUUUAUGGGUGUUUACGGUCCCUUCACUCAAGCACGCCCUGGUGAAAACAUGUAG